AACCUAAAACCUUGUUGCCCUAAAAACAUCAAAUGUAAAACCCUUUCUUCAUCACCAUCAACCAUCAACCUCUCCUGCAAUUCUUCCAAUUCCAGAUGGAAGAUUUCAUCAAAAACCAAACAUUUGCAAUCCACGCAGUCGCAGGUGCCGGAGCUGUUACAUUCGGAACUGCCGCAACUUACCCCUUCGAGACUAUUAAAACCCUCAUUCAGGUUGGAUCAGGUCCUGAUAAACAGUUGAGUGCAGCUCAGGUGUUUGAUAGAGUGCGUAAAUUGUCGGGCAAUUCCGGGUUAUACAAUGGUUUCGGGUGGUUGGCUACAGGGAGAAUGUUGGGCGUUGGAGCACGUUUCGGUACCUAUGAGUUAUUGACGGCUUUCUAUAAAGACGGUCGUAAAGACAACUACGUGUACGUCUCCGAAGCUCUCAUGGCAGGAAUCGUAGCAGGUGGUGUGGAAUCACUAAUGAGCUCUCCGUUUGAGCUUUUUACGAUUCGUGCACAGGUGGCAGCCGCUUCUCGGGUUCCAAACACUUCUACGAAUUUACAAAAAGCGUCUGUAUCCACUUCAGUUACAAAACUACUGCGUGGGUAUAAUCCAGACGUCAAGGCACUGGACCAUUCGGUUGGUCUGUUGUCCACCCUAGACACUAAACGUUCGAACUUGACGGGCUCUCUGAAAGAGUACCCGUGGAUGAUGACUGGGACUGGGAGGGCCCCACCUGUGUAUCAUGUUAGGCGGCCCAUAGACGUUAUAUCUUUAGAAGGAUGGGGUGCCAUGUGGAGGGGUAUACGAUCAGGGUUAGUUCGUGAUUGUAUAUUUGGUGGUGUGUUUUUUUCCAGCUGGCAAUUUCUGCACCGCGCGAUGCUCGACUGGAAAGCUGUUGGGAUGGACCCCAUACCAAGCUCGGAUGAAGAUAUUGGGCCGUUACACCCAUUAGCCGUUAGUCUGGCAGCUGGAUUUUCGGGCUCGAUUGCCGCAGCAGCAUCCCAUUCGUUUGACACUGCUAAAUGCCGAUCACAAUGUCUUGUGCUGCCAAAGUAUAUUACCAUGGAGAGAAAGUUUCUUAGGUGGAGUUUGCCAGGAAAGAGGUUCGAGAGACUUACAGGCAUUCAUCCUCGGGAUAGAAAUAUACUUUUUCGUGGCAUUAGGUUGCGAAUGGCAUGCAGUGGAGUUGCGUCCUUUAUUCUUACAGGUAGUUACUUUUUCAUGAUUGAUCACCUAGUUUCAAGAUGAGCAAUAUUCAUUGUACAAGCUUAAUAAGGGUUUUACAACUUUUGCCAAACAUUAAACCACAUGAUAUGUCAUUUGAAAAAAUCUUUAAGUUAGAAAAAGGAGUUACCUUUGUUGACAUUU